CGAAGAGAGAAGGGGGUCGUAGUCGGCUGGUGCGCGGGCGUCUCCUUGCGAAUGGAACGCGGCGCUGUUCCGGCGGCGGAUGCCUGUUUGUGACGGGGCUGGAACGCUGAAGCGGUUCAAAAGUUGCGCUCAGAACGGAGAGGGAAACGGCCCGCCGCUCCCUUCCAGUGUGGCUCCCGCAUUGGGGCUCGGGGAUCUUCUGUCGCUGCUUCCCCAGGCGCCGCUGCCCACCCUUUUCACCUUCAGCCAUGCUGACCAGAGAAUGGACUCGGGGGAGGAGUACGAUGUGUUGUCGGUGCGGGAGCAGCUCUUUCACGAGAGGGUCCGGGAAUGCAUCAUCUGCACCCUUCUCUUUGCCAGCCUCUACAUCCUCUGCCACUUCAUUCUAACCCGCUUCAAAAGGCACACAGACUUCACUGUUGAUGAGGAUGAGGAUGCUGCUGUCAACAGAAUUGCGCUGUGGCUGUGCACCUUCACCUUGGCGGUCUCUCUCGGCGCCGUGCUCCUGUUGCCCUUCUCCAUCAUCAGCAACGAAGUCCUGCUGUCCUUUCCACGGAACUACUACAUCCAGUGGCUGAAUGGCUCCCUCAUCCAUGGGCUCUGGAAUCUGGUUUUCCUCUUCUCCAACCUCUCCCUUGUCUUCCUUAUGCCUUUUGCCUACUUCUUCACUGAGGCCGAAGGCUUUGCAGGGUCAAAGAAGGGGAUCAUGGCUCGCGUAUACGAGACCUUCGUGGUGCUCCUCUUGCUAACCUUGCUGGUGCUGGGAAUGGUCUGGGUCGCAUCGGCCAUUGUGGACAAUGACGCAGCCAGCAGGGAAUCUCUCUAUGACUUCUGGGAGUAUUAUCUCCCCUACCUCUAUUCGUGCAUCUCCCUGUUUGGUGUGCUGCUGCUGCUGCUGUGCACACCCUUUGGCCUGUCACGUAUGUUCACCGUUACGGGGACGCUACUGGUGAAGCCCAGGCUACUGGAGGAUCUAGAUGAGCAACUGAACUGUACAGGGUUUGAGGAAGCUGCCAUUUGUCGUAAGAUCAACUCUGGGAAAACCUCUUGCUGGCUCAACCUUGACAUGGACUUGCUAAGACAACAAUAUCUAGCAAUCCACACGCACAGGAUAACACUGGAAACACGCCGCAAGGCCUCAGCUUGGCAAAGGAACCUGGGCUACCCACUAGCCAUGCUCUCUCUGCUCUCUCUGACGGGUAUCUCUGUUCUUGUGGUCUGCUUCCAUGUCUUGGAGCUGUUGCUGGAUGAUGCAGCAAUGCCCCGCGGAAUCCAGGAGGCACCACUGGGGAAAGUUUCCUUCUCUGUCUUCGGCUCCUUUGGGGCAGCCAUGCAGGUGGUUCUGAUAUUCUAUUUAAUGAUUUCCUCUGUUGUGGGGUUCUACAGUUCUCCUCUCUUCACCAAACUGCUGCCGGAACAACAUGACACCACUAUGACCAAGAUAAUCGGGAACUGUGUCUCCCUGUUGGUGUUGAGCUCAGCGCUCCCAGUCUUGUCUCGUACACUGGGGAUCACGAGGUUUGACCUGCUAGGUGACUUCGGGAGGUUUAACUGGCUGGGAAACUUCUACAUUGUCUUUCUCUACAACAUGCUCUUUGCUGGCCUCACGACUCUUUGCCUGGUGAAGAAAUUCACCUGGGCUGUACAAGCUGAACUCAUCCGGGCCUUCGGCCUCCACAAGCUGCCUUUGCCUGUGACACGGUCCCAGCAGCCGAGCAAACUCAGCUAGAACAAUCGUCAGUGCCUGGAUGAAGCCUGGGGCGAGGUGAUGUUGGCCUGCCAGCUGCUGUGGGGACGUUCUGGACCUGGGCAUCAUGACUGUGCUUUCUACUCUGAGCCAUGGUCCCUGCAGUAGGGAGAGGGCAGGGGGCAUCUUGCUCUUGCCCGUGUUUGACCAAUAACUUGACGAAACUUGAAGGAUGGGGGGGGGACUGCGUUUGUAGGACCCCCCCCCCCCGCUUCUCACUGUGUCCCGGAAGCCUGAGGAGAGGAUGGGCUUGAACCACCCGAAGAGACCUCACUGUCUUCCCUUCCCAUCUGCCAAGGGAGCCUCUUCUAUUUCCUCCUCAUGAGCAAAGGACUGAAGCAACAGGGGACUGACUGUGGAGAAGGGGGCACUGAACUGUGCUGGAGAGACUCUGAUGCGGAACUGGCCCUUGGGGUGAUGUCGGGAGCAAAGCCCAAGGGCACUGGCCGAUGGGCAAAAGUGCCUCGUGGCCCUUGUUUCGGCAGGGGGCACUGCAAAUACCGCUUCUGCUCCUCUCCCAUGUUUACACUGUCUCUUUUAAACCUCAUGCCUUCCUUGCCCUCACUUCUGACACUAGAUCCCGUAGCCUAAAACCCAGUCGGGGGAGGGGGUCACCUUUCCCCUUGAAUCUUGAGCCAGUUCCAAAUAGUAGUUUUGAACUCUGUUCCAUGUUUACAUACCUCACUUAAGUGCAAUAGGAGCUGGUGCAGUUGGGCCAGAUAUCCCCUGCCUUUCCACUGAACUCUGUGCAUGAUGGGUGUGUGUGUGCUUUCAAUAUAUACCUUUCUCUUCCAUAACUGUGGGCAUCAGUAAUGCGGGCACAUCCCCUCUCCUGAUGCAAAACUUACUGAUGCAAAACUGAGUAAGAUCUAUUGAGUGCUUCGCCUGCAAAAGCAGUCAAUUGAGCACCACUGCUCUCCUGUUGUGUCCUUGCAGGGUAGCAAACCUGGGCUUUUCUGAAGCUGGUGUAGAGAGAGCAGGCCUUGUCUUGUACUCCAGCCCGCUGCCUUGUUACGAGAGAGCUUGAUCCUGCAAUGGAGGACUUUGUAGCCCUCUGCCUGGCGUUUCCCCCUUGGCCCUCCGGGAGCUGCUGGCUCUCGCAACAGCUCCAUUAUUGCGUGUGGGAAGAGGUGCAGGAAAGUUUGGGUCUCAAAUGAUAUGGAGGUAUUGUACUCAAUCAGAUGAACGGGUUAAGCAUGCUAGAGAAUUUUAAUAUGAAAGGAUGUGAGGGGGGGGAGCUAGAUUGUUGACACAUGUCUGAAGCCAUUCUACCUCUUCCUGCUUACAACAAGCAAACACGAGCUCAUCUUAGUUGUACCG